AUGCCACGUGUGUCUUAUCCAUGCCUGAAUGUAUCGUGUGGUAGACGGGUAGUCACAGGUAUAGAAUGCAGCAUAUGUGAGCAUUGGGCACACAAAACUUGCUCGAAGCUCUCAAGCGAGCUAUUCAAACUAUACAGCAACUACGCAGAUCUUCUGUGGAUCUGUCAAGGAUGCCGAGAGAUUGCAAAAUCUGCAUUAAAAGGCAGCCAGAAUUCCUCGGAUAAUGCUGGUGACAUGCAAGGGCAAACGCUACGCGUAAGCGAGUCGUCACUCAAAUCACCACCGGGUCAACCAACCAACGCUACUCGAAAAACACCACCCAACCAUCAAGGUAAAUCGUCGCUUCUGAGGAGCCCUUUGGAUCACUCGACACCCAAGACCCACACCGUGAGUCCGAAGAAGACUCGCAACAGUAAUCAGCCUGAACUAGCCAUACCCCGAACCAAGCAGAGUAUACAAGAGACGACACAGGGUCAAUCAACAGUUGUCCCUCAGAACCAAACUGUUGUGAAAAAACAAAACAACUGUUCCAUAAAAUCAACCGCGCCUGCUUCAACGCAUCAACCGACUCAACGUGCUGGACAAUUCAAUAGAAACAAGACCAAUCCUAAAGAGAUCGGGGAGAAGAGAGGAAACCCCAAGCCCAAAAAGGAGAGCCGCAAAGUAAAUCGGCAACCCACAGGUUUUCAGAUGGGUGCUCCGCCUGAUGGUUUCAAGGCAGCUAUCUCUCGACUCGAGAAACAAGAAGUUAGAAUUGAGAACUUGGCUCGCCACAUACAAAGGCAACUCAUAGAGAUCCAGAAGCUCCACGCGUCCUACGAGACCACCUUAGGCAGGACGCGCAACGUGAUAAUUCACGCUCCAGAGCCAGUUAUCUCCAACACCGCUCAACGGAUCGCCGCAGAGAAAACACUCAUUCUGAGUGUGCUGCGCAACGCCGGUUGUCACCCCAAAAUGACUUGGAAACGAGCACACAGGCUGGGAAAAUGGGUCCCACCAAAACAGGAUGGCCUCCCUACCAGUCGACCUCUGCUCAUCGCUAGCACAAUGACCAACAUCAAAAUCGGAGCAGACAACCGCACCCGUAAAGCGGUCAUCUCGGGUCCUCACUACCCCCUGGACGCCCCGGUAGUAACCUCCGAGAAAAUCCCACAACAACUGCAAAGAACCCGGUCCCUGGACCACAUUCCAAAAAAUGGAGAACCUCCUACGAGGAUCACUCCACCGACAUAA